AUGUUUUCGACAAACAUUAUCCGCGUUACUUCAAGAAGCAGUACUUCAAAAAUUGGUCCCUUGUGCCGAUGUUCUUCAUCAACAGCGACCAGUCGUUCUUGGUCGGUGACUCGGUAUCACGCCGACUUGAAGCACUCUCUUCAGCUCAUCAACCGCCCAACAGUGCCGACCAUCUACCGUCCAUCAGAGGUGUUGGUUCGUGUUCACGCUGCCAGCAUUAAUCCGCUUGACCUGUCGAUGUCUCGUGGCUACGGCCAGGUGCUCUUGAGUCUGAUGAACGUCGUCUCAUCGACGGGCAUCGACCGAAUCACUUACGAUCGUCUUCCGCUCACCCUUGGGCGCGAUUUUGUCGGCGAAGUACUUACCACUGGACAGACGGUGACAAACUUCAAACCAGGCCAAAUGGUGUGGGGCACAGUGUCGCCCUUUGCCGAUGGUGGCUCUCAUGCUGAUCACAUCGUCGUUGACGAGAGCUCCAUUUGGAGGGCGCCGGUUGGCGUUUCAUCUGUGGAUGCGGCCUCUCUUCCUUACGUCGGACUGACAGCUUGGUCAGCGCUGGUCAACUUUGGUCAACUUACCCCUCAAACGGUUGCCACAAAGCGAUGCCUAGUUCUUGGCGGAGGAGGCGGCGUCGGUGCUGCAGCCGUUCAGCUGCUCAAACACUGGAAUGCCCAUGUUGUGGUCACCUGUUCAGCUCGAUCCGCUCAGUGGCUGCAGUCACUAGUGGCGGUGGAUAAAGUGGUCGAUUACCGACAGCUGGCAGAGUACCUUCAGGAGUGCCACCAGGAGUCAUUUGACCUCAUCCUUGACGCGUCACCACCAGAGGCAUCCAGCGCCAAUCUUCAGCUGAUUUCCUCGUGGCGGCAGAAACAGCUGUCCAGCAGACAACAACCAAUGCAGAAAAGCUUCCCCGUCUAUUUGACUCUCACUUCGCCGCUUCUUCGCAACCUCGACAGCAAGGGCAUUUUUGGGGGUUCAAUGGCCACCGCCUUCCAAGCUCUCACUGACACUGCCUCAGGUUUGCUGGAUCGAACUUCAGUCAGGUGGGCGUACUACAUGCCUAACCAGAAGGCGCUCAAGUGCCUAACAGAGCUAGUCGAAGCCGGCGACAUCAAACCACAGACAGGACAUGUGAUGCCCUUUGAUCAGGCUCUGGACGCGUACACUGUUGCCGAUCAACAGGUAAAGUCUGUCGACGGCAAAGUUGUCCUGAAGAUGUUAUGA